GUACGUGCGCUGGGUUCCUGGGACAUCUGGUACGGCUCCUGAGGACGCGAACACGUCUAUGUGGUCAGUUUUUGCCGGGGCUUUGGAGCACGGUGAUCCCCACUCAGUCAUGUCGCCAGCUCCGGCUGCAGCCCCGGCUCCCGCAUCUGUCUCCCUGUUUGACCUCAGCGCCGAUGCUCCAGUCCUUCGAGGAGUGAACCUUUUGAGCCGCGCGGCAGGGGAUGCUCUGGACCAAGCUCCGCGCACCUCCUGCCCAGGUUCAGGGGAGAACACACGCCCUGAACAAAAAAAAUCACUGCAGGCUCCCCUGGAUGUUUCGGAGAAGUUGUUUUGUGUAACCUGUAACCAGACCUUCCAGAACCAGCAGGAACAGAGAGAACAUUAUAAGCUUGACUGGCACCGGUUUAACCUAAAGCAGCGUCUCAGGAACAAACCUGUUCUGUCUGCCUUGGACUUUGAAAAGUGGAGUUCCACAGGAGAUCUUUCCAGCAUCUCAGGAUCUGAAGAAUCUGACUCUGCCAGUGAGGAGGACUGCCAGGCACCAGAGGAGGAGAGAGCUAAAUCCAAGAAGUUGAACCGACCCCAAGGCUUCCCGUCACACCGGGUUCUUUUCCAAAAUGCCCAGGGCCAGUUUCUGCUCGCCUACCGCUGCGUCCUAGGCCCUCACCAGGUACCCCCAGAAGAGGAGGAACUGCUGCUUAAAAACCUGCAAGGUGGAGGUCCCCCACACUGCGUGGUCCUCAUGGCUGCAGCAGGGCAUUUUGCUGGUGCCAUUUUCCGAGGAAGGGAAGUGGUGACACACAAAACCUUUCAUCGCUACACAGUGAGGGCUAAGCGAGGCACAGCCCAGGGCCUCCAGGAUGCCCGUGGUGCAGCCCCUCGCUCAGCAGGAGCCAGCCUGCGGCGCUACAAUGAAGCCACACUGAGACAGGAAGUUCGUGAGCUGCUGGCAGGGCCAGACUGGGCGAAGGCCCUGGCGGAGAUGGACACCAUACUACUCCGUGCGCCUUCCUCUGGUGGCUCCUUGUUCUUUGGAGGCCAGGGCGCGCCCUUGCAAAAGGGUGAUCCCAGACUUUGGGCUAUCCCCUUGGCCACACGCAGACCCACCUUUGGAGAGGUACAGCGUACAUUCCAGAAGCUGACCACCUUGCAUGUCCAUGGAGAAGACCCUCGGGAGCUAGUCAGGCUGCCCUCAACUCCAGCACAUUGGAAAACAGCAAGAGCAGAGAGAAAGGAGGCUGCUGAGAAAGAAAGAGAGGCUCCCAGCAAUGAAGGUUCAGGGUCAGAGGAAGAAGACAGCUCCCAGGUAGAGCUGGAGCUAGUGGAGUUGACUCUGGGGACCUUGGAUCUUCGUGAGUUCGAGGUAUUGCCCAAGCAGAGGAGGAGAAAAAGGAAUAAGAAAGAGGGAAGUCGAGGGCAGGAGGCUCUUUUCCAGCAGCUCCCUCAAGAUGAGCCCACUUCGCAGUCAGCACAGAUCAUGGUAGCCUCCUCAGAGCCUUUGCAGGAUGAAGCUGAGGCCCACGGUCAGGCAAGCCUCUGGGAAGUGCUGUUAGCUGCUUGUCGAGCUGGAGAUGUUGGAGUGCUGACGCUGCACUUAGCUGCCAGCCCUACAGACCCAGGAAUUAGGUCUCUACUUAGUGUCCCCUCUGGCCCUGGUGGUUCUACUCUUCUGCACGCCGCAGCUGCAGCUGGAAGAGGCUUGGUGGUCCGUCUGCUGUUGGAGGCAGGUGCUGACCCUACCGUGCAAGACUCGUGUGGCCGGCCACCUUAUACUGUAGCCGCUGACAAAUCGACACGUAAUGAGUUCCGAAGGUUCAUGGAGAAGAAUCCAGAAGCCUGUGAUUACCGUAAGGCUCAGGUGCCAGGGCCACUGACUGCGGAAAUGGAGGCUCGCCGGGCUUCCCGAAAGAAGGAGCAGAAGGCAGCCCGGAGGCAACGGGAGGACCAGCGGCGGAAACAGCGGGAGCAGGAGCAGCGGGAGCAGGAAGAGCGGCUGCGAUUUGCUGCCCUCAGUGACCGGGAGAAGAGAGCUCUAGCCGCAGAGCGCCGCCUCGCUGCCCAAUUGGGAGUCCCCAGCCCUCUGACGCCUGACUCUACAGCUGGCAAUGUUCGACGCUGCUGGAGUUGUGGGGCAUCCCUCCAAGGCCUCAUUCCCUUUCACUACCUCGACUUUUCUUUCUGCUCCACCCGUUGCCUCCAGCAUCAUCGCUGUCAGGCUGGGAAGCCAUCUUCCUGAGUUCUUACAACUUCCACCUGGGGCCAACUCUACAUCCUGAAAGGGGCCUACCUACAGCAGCCCAAGGUGUCGUCUCCUCCCCAAGACAGAGAGUAUAUGGAAAAUCAGGGGGAGGGACUCAGGAACCAGGGCAAAGACAGAGCCACAGAGUACUGGUACUGUCUCUGGAACUUUAAUCACAAUAAAGGCUGGCAAAGAGACUG